AGUCUCAUUUCAUGCGUAUAAAAUUCAGGGAUGUCUCGAUCGUGUCUUUUUUUUUUCCUUUUUCAGGUGAAUGCCUGGACGGGAGGAAUGUGAACUACCAAUCCCAGAACUCCUUGCGCCACGUAUUCGAAAGACAGGCUCCGGGGGCAGCCCGGGGGCCUUUGAACAGAUGAGGAAAAAUAAUGUGCUCGGUAUCAGAUACAUCCUAAGUCUUGCUGCUUGAUGCUUUGAGCGGUGCCUGACUCGGAACCCAGCGCUCCCCGAAUGCUGCCCUCCGCGGCUCCCCAGAGAUGGAGAGUCACAAACGCAACAGCAAACGUGAACUAGCACUUGUGUGUCUAUUUAGUUCUCGAGCUUCGUCAAAUAAAGAAGUGGUUAUAAAGAGUGAUCAACAGAUUAAUGGAGAUAUGCAGCCAAUGCAGAGUUUCACCCCAGUACCAAUCACACAGACUCCGCCGUGCAACCAGAGCAGAGGAGGAUGUGGAGACCGAGAACACGGGACUGCCUUCACCCCUCUCAAUCCCAUCUGUGUGUCCCUCAAUGGGGUCCCCUGCGUUCUCUUCUGGGCCAAAAGAAUCACAGUUACAUUUGAGAACCAGACCUGGCUGGACCUUACAGAGGGAGCGUUUGGUCAGAUGGUGGCAGUGGACACACACAACUCCAGCUGCAGUGAGGAAAGAGCCACGUUGUAUCUGAAGUUUGGUGAUACUGACAAUCCCGAAGCCCUUGAUAUGAGCUCCAAGGCUUUGCCGUCCAGGGCGGGCAGUUCGCCAAGGCCAGAGACUGCGCUGCAUCCUUCUCGCCGGCCGUCCUCAUCGGCCUGGCCAUGUCCCUCAUCCUGCUACUGGUGCUGGCCUACGCCCUGCACAUGCUCAUCUACCUGCGCUACCUGGACCGGCACUACGAGUGCGUUGCUGCCUCUCCCACGCGCUUUCCCCAGCUGCGGGCUCGAAGUGGCACCGAGGGGCAGGAGCUGCUCCGGAGCCAGGGCCCAGAGUGCUAUGAGCUGCGGGGCCAGCCGAUCUGCAAGAUCGACGUCUGACCUCUGAUGUUGGCCUCCCUCCUGCCCGAGUUCACAGCGGCCCCGGUGGGGCAGCGUCUCUCCUCUAUGCUGUCGGACUUGUAAAUGGCCUGGUUAAAACACACAAAUAUCAGAAAAGGCAAUGCACAGGGAGUUGGUCUUGAAGCAUCCCCUGGCCCACUUAGACGGACAUGGGCAAUGAGAAGGUGCUACAGGGGUCCUGCCUUGCCAGUGAAGGGAUCACUGGUCGGAGAGAUGACGGGGAGAAGAGAGGGGUGAAGACAAAGGAAAAUCUACCAGGUCCUCCUUGCCUGACUGAAUGUGUGUGUGAUAAGGACAGAAAUAAUAAACCUAAGGUUAUCUGCAAGUUCA